AUGGAUACGGAGCGCAUUGCAAACGAUGUCCUCAACAUGACGAGGGAAGAGGUCAUUCGACGUCUUCGAGAACUCGUUGAUUCUCCCACAUUGGACAACCAAUUAGAAUGGUUCGGUUUCAAGAUUAAUUUGAAAGAAAAAAAAGACUUUUUAUAUGCAAUUCAACUCCAUGUAGAAAUGCCUGAUCAUUAUGAUGUGAUCCCCUUUGAAGAAUUAUCCACCAAAGGUACUGUAUCAGAAAUAGCUCCCAACUCGCCUUUGUCACGGUAUCGCCAUCUUGAAAAUGACGUAAUGCUUUUUGGCAUGAAAACGAGGUCACGCGUGGUUCUUGACACACUGAACACUCGAGCGAUCAUGCGGAACAAAGAUCACUGUUGUGUUCCUAAGUGCAAUAACAAUAGAUCAAAAGUGCAGUCUAAUAUAACCUUUCAUCAAUUCCCGAAAGACAAAGACUUAAGAAGACAGUGGAUUAUAAAAAUUAAGCGUGAUGUCGGCCGGUCCUUCAAGAUAACCAACAGUACAAGAGUUUGCUCUGAUCAUUUUAAACCCACAGAUAUAAAAAAAACGCUAACAGGAAAAAGUGUACUCGUUAAUGGUGCUGUACCAUCCGUUUUUGAAUGGACAACUUUAUCAAAGAAACGAAAGUCACCAACGAAACGCGAAUGCACAACACGUACUAACACAACCGAGAUUGAUGUCGUGGAUAAUAUACAGCCAAUCUCCUCUACAGUCGAAAUUGGGCCCAUCGAAGAUUCAAGCGUAGACGAAAAUGUCAUCGAUACAAGCAGCCACAUGGAGGACUCCACCGUAACUACUGACACCACAAUCAUAACACCUACUGUCAACCUACAUGAUUAUUUAUUUACUGAACCCGAAAAGCCUGUAGAAGAGCUACUUGAGGCAGCGCAAGCUCGUAUCGAACAAUUAGAACAGCUGCUUUCAAAACAAUCUUUUUACAGACAACUGAAAGGGAUGUCAGACAAACGCGUUAGAUUCCAUACUGGCUUUUCGUCAUUUGCUAUUUUUGUGAGUACCUUCAAUGCCCUUAGACCCACAGCUGAAAGUAUGUUUUCAUGGUCCCAAGUACAGAGAGCACGAGCAAAAAGUGGGAAAGAUAUAAGUAACAUGAGAGACACUCUCAAGACAUGCAAACUUAGCUUAUUUGAUCAGUUUUAUUUAUGCAUUACUAAGCUGAGGCUGGGUACUUUUAAUGAGAAACUAGCCAGUGAAUUUGAUAUUUCUAUUUCAACUGUGAGUAGAGUUUUUAUUUCUUGGGUUAACUUUCUCUAUUUUGUUUUGGGAACCAUUCCUAUAUGGCCCUCUCGGGCAAAAAUUGACAAACAUAUGCCUAAGUGUUUUAAAUUGUUAUAUCCUAAAUGCCGUGGUACACUACGUAUUAGGUCCAACCUAGGUAAGAACUAUGCCAUCUGUUAA